AGUAAAAAAUAAUUUUAUUAGCUCCUCCUUCGAGAAGGAUUAUCUAUCUGCUAGUAAAGCUUGGUUCAAAGCAUAUUCACCAAAAAGUUUGGUUCAAAGCAACUAUAAUUCAAGGGAUUCUUGUGAAUUCUAUUAUUUAUUAUUUUAUUUUUUUUUCUUUGAUUUGUUUCCUUAAAUGUUAGUAAAUGCUUUAUUUUUUCAUUGUAUCUGGAUUUAUUUAUCCAUAGUUUUGUAAUAUAUAUGUAUAUUGUGUAAAUGUGAAAAACAGAGGUAUACGUUGUGAAAGUUUUCACGAAUUUAUUUUUGAUUGUUUUCAACGAAACAAGACGCUUCAACAACCGCUAAGCUUUACGUAAAAAAUGAAAUAAAACCCCAUUUUGUAAUCGCAUUUUGUUCUUACAAAGAAGUUCGCAUUGUGUUCUAACAAAGUUCCACCACCAGUUCCAAAGAGCGUAAUCUGAUUUCCAAUUCUCACAGCGUUUGGGAAAGAAGAUGGAUCAUGGGUUCGGUUUGUCUUGGCCUUCUGAAGCAGAGUUAAAUGAAAUCAGACAAACGGUUUCUAAGAUGGCUGCGAGAAGACCUGAUGAAGUUCGAGUAGUUGCAUCCCCUUAUCGAAUUUGUCCACUGGGGGCUCAUAUUGAUCAUCAGGGGGGAACUGUAUCUGCUAUGACAGUUAAUAAGGGAAUACUUCUUGGGUUUAUUCCAUCUGGUGACACUCAGGUUGUAUUACGCUCAGGACAGUUCAAAGGAGAAGUUAGGUUCAGGGUGGAUGAAAUUCAAAGCCCAAGACACACCAUUAAGACAAAUGAUAAGAUUGAUACACAUGAUUCUUCCAACCAUUAUGAAGAAUGUAAAUGGGGAAACUAUGCUAGAGGAGCCCUAUAUGCCCUUCAUAGUAAGGGAAACCAUCUUUUUCAGGGUAUUACAGGAUACAUAUGUGGUACCAAGGGUCUUGACAGUUCAGGGCUUAGCUCUUCUGCUGCUGUUGGAGUAGCUUACUUAUUGGCUUUUGAAAGUGCCAAUAAUCUGAUGGUUUCUCCUGAAGAAAACAUUGAGUAUGACCGGCUGAUUGAAAACGAAUAUUUGGGUCUAAGAAAUGGCAUAUUGGAUCAAUCAGCCAUAUUGCUUUCAAGACAUGGAUGUCUAUUGUGCAUGAACUGCAAGACUAAAGAGUAUAAGAUUAUCCACCCACCCAAGGUGCAAAUGAACCACAAGACUGAGUUGCAGAAAGCAUACAAAAUAUUACUGGCAUUUUCAGGCUUGAAGCAUGCUUUGACCAACAAUCCAGGAUAUAAUUGCCGAGUUUCAGAGUGUCAAGAUGCGGCAAGAAUUCUUCUUGAUGCUUCUGGAAUUGGAACAUUGGAGCCUCUCCUCUCUAAUGUUGAACAGGAAGCUUAUCAAACUCACAAGUGCAAACUAGAACCUAGUCUAGCUAAAAGAGCAGAGCAUUACUUCUCAGAGAAUUCACGAGUUAUCAAAGGACUUGAAGCAUGGGCUGCAGGCAAGAUGGAAGAUUUUGGAAUGCUCAUUACAGCUUCUGGCCUAAGUUCUAUACAGAACUAUGAAUGCGGUGCCGAACCCCUAGUACAACUAUACAAAAUUCUUCUAAGGGCUCCCGGUGUAUAUGGAGCACGGUUCAGUGGUGCUGGAUUUCGAGGGUGCUGUGUUGCAUUUGUGGAUGCUAGUCAUGCUGCUGAAGCUGCAUCAUUUGUCAAGAGAGAAUAUCAAAAGUUCCAACCGGAGUUGGCGAGUAAAUUGGAACAAGGCACAGCAGUUUUGAUAUGUGAAGCUGGUGACUGUGCUCAUGUAAUCUGAGCGCUCAAUCUAAGCCGGCCACCCUCUGAUUUUUCAUUUUCCAUCUUUCAAAUACCCUGUCAAAACAGAGUUAUUCCAUUCAUUCAUUUUAUGAGAAUCUUUUAUUGAGUCUCAUAGCAUCUUGUUUACAGCUAGUGAAAACAAAAUCUGGUCAUGAAAUUGAAAAUGUUAGGAUGUGAGAUACUUUGUAGAAGAAUAGUUGGCUGUGUGAGGGCUUGUUUGGCAAUUAUAUUGUAUCUUACUGUGUUCCACUGUACUAUACUGUACAAGUGUUUGUGUUGGAUUGUAUUAAUAAAUGAUAUUUGUAUAAGACGCACCAUAAUAGACUUUAAAUGUUUUUGUUUUAUAGAAAAAUACAUAUAUUAUUUGA